AUGAUGAUGAUGGAUAAUCAAUUAAAACCUCCUUCUGCGCUUCAUGAACCCUAUCCGUUAUACAUGCAGCCAGGUUUUUCAAUGCCUCCAACUUCCACAUCUUCUAUUCCGUCUGAAGACAUUGAUCCGGAAUCUCCUGGUUCUCCAGGAUCAAAAGAAAAGAAGAACGAGGACCGUGUUAAAAGGCCAAUGAAUGCAUUUAUGGUCUGGUCUCGCGGACAGAGGCGGAAAAUGGCUCAGGAGAACCCAAAAAUGCACAAUUCAGAAAUCUCAAAACGUCUUGGACAUGAAUGGAAGCAGCUUAAUGAAACUGAAAAGCGACCAUUUAUUGAUGAAGCGAAACGGCUACGAACAAUUCACAUGAAAGAACAUCCUGAUUACAAAUAUCGUCCUAGACGGAAGACAAAGAAUUUGCCCAAGAAGAAUGGACUCCCAAUGGGCACUUCAUUUUUGGAUCCGAUAAAGUCGCAAAAUUUAUAUCAGCCAAUGGCUACAACGUGGCAGCAGCCAGCUAUUACCUCUGUUUCUACGGCACCUUACGGCUUUGACUCGUAUAACCUGUACGAUAGAAGUGGUUAUGAAAAUAUGAUUGGUAUGCCAUAUUCUUUGAAUGGUACUGCUUCGCCUGGUCAAUAUGCUCAAUCUUCAGCAUCUCUGGCUGUCGCUGCCGCAGCACAGUACCAGCAGGUUGCAGCAGCUCAAGCUCAGCAACAGCAGCAGCAACAGCAGCAACAACAACAACAACAGCAACAGCAGCAGCAACAGCAACAGCAACAGCAGCAGCAGCAACAACCACAAUAUACUACUGCUACAGCCUUAUUGCCGUUGAAGCAGGAGCCUGAGAUGAGUAUUCCUUUACAGCAUAUGCCAUGUGAGCCUUUUUUUUAG